UGCUGCGCCGCCGAUCGCGUUGCAGCGCUGGCUCCCUUUGGGUUCUCGUAGCUGCGGCUGCCGCCUCCUCCUUUUUGUCCCCCAUGACCGUCGUCUCGGUCCCCCUCCGGGACCCGCCGUUUUUUGGCGGCCGCCUGGCCCCCCCCCUGAGCCUCUCGGCGCGGGGUUACUUCGGCCCCGUCCCCGUGGUGGCCGCGGCCCCGCCGCCCUUCUUGCCCCGGCUCCCGGACCCGCGGGGGCUGCCGCCGACCCUCCUGCUCCGUCACUUUCUGGGGGACGCCUCCUGCCGGGCCGCGCCGAUGCCCCCUACCUGCUGCCUCCCCCCGGGCCACCCCCGGGCCGCGCCGAAGAAGCGAAGGAAGAAAAAGAUCCGGCCCAGCCCGGCGGGGCAGGUCCCCUGCCGCCACCAGCAACACCGGCCCGGACUCGGGGAGCGGCGGGAGCUCUGCCCUCCCGCCGCCCCUGCCCCGCUCCCGGGGGCCCGGGCUGGACAGCCGACCCCCGGAGGCUCCUCGAAUUUGGAAAAGGAGGCUUCUAAAACAAAGAUGGGAAAGCCAGAGAAGGCAACCAUUCCCCACGGUCAGCUUGUUCACCGACACCUGGGUGAACAACCAAAGAUAACCCGACAGAAAAGCAAAUUUAACACACCUUUAACCAAGAUCACCUCUGCAAAAAGAAAUGAAAAUAACUUUUGGCAGGAUUCCAUAUCAUCGGAGAUCAUUCAGAAGCAAGAGAAAAAGCCUUUUAAAAAUACUGAGAACAUCAGAAAGAUGCAACUGCAGAAAUCAGCCUUUCUGUCUGAAGCGAGCCAGAAGGAAAAUUAUGCCGGGGCAAAGUUUAGUGAUCCACCGUCUCCUAGUGUCCUUCCAAAACCUCCCAGGCACUGGAUGGGAAGCACAUCUGAUAAUUUCAACCAAAACAAGGAGCUGAUCGCCGUACACUUAAAAACUCUCCUUAAAGUUCAAGCUUAAACUUGGUCUGUACAUACCGCUUUUUUUUUUUUAAGAUUCUGGCGCUAACCUGGUUCAAACUUUGAAUGUCUUGUUGCAACAGAGUGCAAAAGACUAUAAGGUUUUCACAUUACUUCUGAAACUUGUAUCAUAUUUUAUAUUGUAAAUACUGUAUACCAUGUAAUAUGUGUAUAUUGUUCAUACUCUGAGAGGUACAUUAUAGUUUUGUUAUGAAAGUAUGUAUUUUGCACUGCCUAAGUGGUAGAUGUCUUGUAAAUAUAAAGUGGACAAGUUUUAAUGUGUGGUCUUGCACACAAGAAGAUCAAUUCGUUUGCACAAAGUCCUGAAGGAGAGAAACGGCUUCUAAACUCAAGGUUGAGAUUGAAAUGUAACGGCUUCUAAACUCAAGGUUGAGAUUGAAAUGUAACGGCUUCUAAACUCAAGGUUGAGAUUGAAAUGUAACGGCUUCUAAACUCAAGGUUGAGAUUGAAAUGUAACGGCUUCUAAACUCAAGGUUGAGAUUGAAAUGUAACGGCUUCUAAACUCAAGGUUGAGAUUGAAAUGUGAACAGUUAACUGAUGCACUACUGAGAACAAAUCUAAGCCUGUGGCCCAAUCAUUGUAAACACAACUGCGUUCCUUUUUCUAAAAUGGUUUUGUUUUGAGUGUUCUAAAAAUGUAUUUCCAGGUUUUUCGUCCAAAUUCCCAUGUGAAGCAUUUCCCCACAAAGGGGAUAAUUUGAAUGAUUCCACACCCAAUUGGAUGUUAUCAAAUUUUAAAAUAAUAAUUCGGCCUCCCUUUUAAAAAUG